AUGGCCAUCGAGCAGGCAUGCUGCGUCGCCGCGGGCCGCUGCCCUGUCGACGAGCGGGCGGCAGACGCGGCAGGCCCACGCGGCCGGCUGACAAUAGCCAAUGUGGAUGGGGCGGCUUACGCAGAGGCCGCCUUUGAGCUCGGGCCGGGCGGGGCGCCGCCGGAUGUGAAGUCUUGCGAUGGGUGGCACCGCUACGUGCUGGCUGCGGCGCAUGGCGCGUGGGAGCACCUGUCAGGCGGCGCCCCGGCCACGGCGGCGGCCGCCGCGGAGGCGCGGCAGGGGCCCGGCGGCGCCUCAAGGGGCUUCGGUGGGCUGCGGCUGAUGGUUGGCAGCACGAUCCCCGCGGGUGAGCAGGCGUGA